AUGCAAACUGACGCCGAUGUUGAACCCGCUAGGUUGGUAUCUAUAGCCGCUUAUCUCGACGACAACCCCCGACUCAUUGCGUCCUCUAUCAUUUCUUCUCCUAUUGCACCUGCGUGGCUUGAAGUCAUCGUCUCUCUUACUCCCAAGGCAUUUGUCGCUCGUGACAAAGCCACUUGUGGGAAUGCAGUAUGGGUAGUUCCCCGCGCAUUCGUCGCGCUCGCACUGGCUGCCGCAACUGCAAACAGCGUAGACGGAAGUGCACGGCCAGCAACGUGGACAAAUGGCCGAGAUCUUAUUCACGACGGCGAAGACCUCGAAGACGCAGGCGACCAGGUCCACUUUGUCAAUGUUUCACCCGAAGAGAUAUCUGCUCUUUUACAUGUGGCUGAUGGAGAGAGCCCUUCGGAUAUGCCUGUCGUUGAGUACCCUCCCCACCAGGCUGUCCAUCGGGCCCCUCGUUUGCUGCAAUCCCGCUCCGGGUUCGAUUUGAUGCUUGGGGAUCACGACUCAUCGUCACUUAUGCUCUUGGACUAUUAUACCAACAACUGGUGCCGUAGAAAGGUCAUCGUUGACGGUCCCGACAAUGGCUACAGGCAACUGGUCCUCCCGGUAUUGCCGGGUUCUUCAAGUCUGAAGCACGCCAUCCUCGCCCUCGCGGCAUUCGACUAUCCGCAGCAGGAUGGCGGGCCUGGGUUCCGUGCCAUAGCUCUUCGGCACAAAUCUCAAUGCUUGCGGUUGCUGCAACAGAACAUCCAGAAACUCCUCGCACCUUCUGCCGCCGAUGUGUCACCGGGGGACAGCUCCCCGAGCGCCGACUUCCACGAGACUGUGCUCACGACGCUGAUCAUGUGCAUAUCAGAAAUCACGACCGGCAGCACAAAAGAGUGGGUGACAUACCUCCGUGGUGCCUCGGCGCUAUUUGAAGCCGUGGGUCGCCGGCCGAGUGCACUGGACCACCGCCUAGUACAAUUCGCCCGCCAGUACUUCCUAAUCAGGGAUGUGUUUUCCUGCACGGCUCUACACAACGAGUCUUACUUCGCGGAGCAGCGAAGGGAAGCCACCGCUUUGUGGGCGGAUCUGCUGAAGGGUGUAUCUUCCGAACCGAACGUCGGGUCGGAGAUUAGUGUUUAUGUUGGGUGCUCCGAGCGCCUGGUGGCCAUCAUCUCUUCCAUCACAGCCCUCGCGAGGCGCAAGGCAAAGUCUCGAAAGGCAGCGAGCGGGGCCUCGCUAGCUCAAGAGCAGGAGUUUCUUGCCGAGGCGAAUGCGCUGCAGUGCCGACUCGACCAGCUACGAGAAGAAUGCCUUGGUCCCGAGGGGCCAUUCACCGUUGGUGACGACGGCGAGGACGAUACGUUUACAUUGAAUGUCGACGACAGCCACGAUCCCCGUCGGGUCGUUCUAUUCUCGCUGCUUUUCAAAAGAGCUGCACAACUGUACUUGCGACACGCAGGCUUCGAUAUUCCUGUCACGCAUCCAAGCAUCCAGCAGGUCUUGCUACCUUCCCUACUAAAGCUCUUUCAACAUGUCGAGGUGCCUGAGCGAGAGGUCUAUCCUAUGUGGCCUCUCUUCAUCGCAUCCUGCAUGGCUGUGACGGAGAAGGACAGGCGGACGGUGCUAGACCAGUUCGGAAAGCUGCGUCAGGUAUGGACACUUGGGAACAUCGGUGUGACUGAAAGCUCGGUACAUUGGGUUUGGAAGUGGCACGAUAUUGCCUUGGACGGUCGGGUAUCAGGCUCCACCAUGCCUACCCCAAGGACUGAAGAUGGUUCCAGCAACAAUACGCAGCUGGCCAUUAGGACCAAGGGCACUUCGUCCAGUGUUGAUUGGGACGCACCACUUCGGCGACUGGGUUGGCGGAUUUCGUUGACUUGA